AACACGCGGGAACAAACAAAAACAUCAUAAGUUUGAAGGAAGAUUUUGAGAAAAUUACUUGCUGUAAUGUUAUCUGCGUUAGACAAUAUUCUCGAUUUCAUAUUUCGAGCAAGUAUAAGGAAGUUUUUCUCGUAAACUGUUCUUGUAAAGAUAAUCAGACACCCUGGAAGAGGAAUGAAGACGUGGCGCGUGGUGUCCACGAAUGCUGAGUAGUAUACUAUUUGGAGAAUAUGUGGGCUGUUAUCAAGAAGUACUUUCCUAUAAAAUAUGUUAACUUUUCAUAUUCAAAAUUGGCAUUUAUUCAUAGAAAAAAUGAUCGCAUAUUUCCAUUUCCGUGGAUACAAAACUUGCAUGAUGACACGAAACCCUCACCAUUUCUCCACAAAUUGUUGGGCUUUUUCAUUAUGAAUAAAAUCCUUAAUAAUGUCAAUGCACCAUUCAAUAAGCAAGAAUUCUUAAAAGGAACACAGCUUGCUGUUGGUGCUGUUUCAAAUGCAAUCUCAACCAAAGAUGUAACAAGACUUCAAGAAAUGAUGGGCACACGUCUCAGCCAGUGUUACAAGAAUGCUUUUUUUACCUUGUCAGAAAACAAACAAAAGUUAAACCUUGAAUUGGAGGAAACAAAAGUAAUUGACAUUACAGGUGUUAAAUCCAUAUUUGGAAAGGCAGAUCCUUCAGAUAAGCAUAUCCUAAGAGUUUGUGGCCAAGAAAUUGUUGGAAGUAAAACAAAACUUCAAACUGUUAUGGAAGAGAGUAAUUCUCCUUGGGAUGACUCAAAAGAUAUUGGAGCAGACGCAGCUAAACUUGGAGUAACUUUUCAGAUUAAUGUUAAAUUUAAAACCCUUGAAAGAUUUUCCAUCUGUUCAAGUGGAACAAACGAGGUAAUUUCUGGCUCUAAUGAACUUCAACAAUGCUAUCAUGUCUGGACGUUUGAAAGUUUCGUUGAUUGGCUGACAUUUGACAGAGAAACGAACGAAAGUUAUCCUAUAUCAUGGCAAAUAUCAGAUAUGGACAAAUUUAUUGAAACAAACUUUCCUGACAACUCACCUGAUACAAUAAUAUAAAUAAUACAAUAUUAA